AUGGGACGUCUUUCUCGUUUUUUAAGUGGCAGCAGCGACAAGGCAGCAGAAUCCCUGCCAACAGAGGACAAAUGGAUCGUGGAAGAACGCUCCAUUGACGAAGCUCGUCCUCUUCGAGUUGUCAUCAUUGGCUCUGGAAUCUCAGGUAUCAUCGCUUCCGUCAGAUUCAGACAGCGAAUUCCCAAUGUAGACCUUUGUGUCUAUGAGAAGAACGCGGAUGUUGGUGGCACUUGGCUCGAGAAUCGAUACCCCGGAUGUGCAUGUGAUAUACCCGCGCACACAUACCAGGCCACAUUCGAGCCGAACAAAGAGUGGUCGACGUUCUAUGCUGCAGCUCCCGAGAUCUACCAAUAUUGGAAGUGUGUAGCCAACAAGUAUGGCUGUGGGAAGUAUAUCAAGUUCAAGCAGCAGGUCGUGCAGGCCGUGUGGGAUGAGGUGAAGAGCAAAUGGCAGCUUCAGAUCCAAAAUGGCAAUUCUGGCUCCGUGUACUUGGAUGAAGCCGAUGUAUUAAUCUCAGCAACCGGUGCGCUGAAUAACUGGAAGUGGCCUAAUAUCCCUGGUCUCCAUGAUUUCAAGGGCAAGUUGAUGCACAGUGCCAAGUGGGAUGAAAGUUAUGACUACAGCGGAAAGAAAGCUGCUGUGAUUGGAAACGGGUCAAGUGGUAUCCAGGUUGUUCCUGGCAUGCUGCCGAAAGUCACACAUUUGGACCACUACAUCAGGGGUCGGGCAUGGCUCUCGCCUACUUUUGCCCGGGAUGAAAUUGACAAACGAGGGGCUGGUCUAGAAAAUUUCUCCUUCACUUCGGAAGAGAUUGAAGAGUUCAAGAAAGAUCACCAGACCUACCAGAAGUUCCGUAAAGGGGUCGAAUUAGAACUGCAAUCCGUCCACGGAGCAACCAUUACCGGCACACCAGAACAAGUCGGCGCGAGAGGAAUCUUCCUGGAAAACAUGAAACGGCGUCUGGCAGGAAAGCCCGCUCUCAUCGAUGACAUGAUCCCAUCCUUCCCACCCGUCUGUAGACGGCUUACACCUGGUCCUGGGUACCUAGAAGCCCUAGCAGACGACAAAGUGGACGUCGUCACCUCGCCAAUCGCCAAGGUGGAUGCGGAGGGCAUCAUCACUGCCGAUGGAAAGCAUCACCCAACUGAUGUCCUCGUUUGCGCCACCGGAUUCGAUACAUCUUUCACACCUCGUUUCCCCAUCAUUGGUCGUGAUGGAGUUUCCCUGGCGCAGCGAUGGAAACAAACUCCAGAAACCUAUUUGUCGUUUGCUGUCGAUGGGUUCCCGAACUACUUCAUCUGUCUGGGUCCCAACGCAGCCUUGGGCGAAGGAAACCUGCUUCUCCUGAUUGAGAAGGAGAUUUAUUAUUUCACCGAAUGCGUGAUGAAGAUGCAGCGUGAUAAUAUCCGAGCAAUGGGACCCAGGAAGGGCUCCGUGGCGCGCUUCACCAAGCAUUGUGAUCAGUACUUCUCGCGGACGGUGUUCAGUGAGAAGUGUCGAAGCUGGUAUAAGGGUGGAAUGGAGGAUGGGAGGGUGACGGCUUUAUGGCCUGGGUCGUCCCUGCACUCCAUGAAAGCCCUGGUACAUCCUCGCUGGGAAGACUAUGAGUACGAGUAUGUCAACGAUAAUCCGAAUGGCUGGAUUGGAGACGGUUGGACGGAGAAUGAGAAGUACAAGAGGAUCAACGUGGAUUAUCUGGAUGAUGACCAGAUCGACUUUCCGAGCAUGGGUGUUGAGGAUGCAGGAGUCCCAGCAGUUGGUGUCGCUGCUGAUUAA